AUGACGGUUGGCACCAGUUUAGUAGUACCCAUAGUGUUGUGGGGCCGAAUAGCACCCACUCACUGCAUCUCCUGUGUUUAUCUGUCCCGUGAUCAGAAGACUUUAGUGACAGGAUGCUACGAUGGACAGAUCUGCUUAUGGCAGGUGGAUCCAGAAACAUUAAAGAUGACUCCAAGGUGUUUACUUGUUGGACACACCGCACCUAUAAUGUGCCUUAGUCGUGCCAGUGUGAUCAUGGAGCAGAAUUAUAUUGUUAGCAGUAGUGAGAGUGGCGAAAUGUGCACCUGGGAUCUAGUCGAUGGAAAAUGCAGAGAGGCUGUCAAACUGAAUAACAUUCAUACCCAGAUGUUGCCCUAUGUAUCUGCCGGUGGAGAGAAUGUCAGACUAUUCUGUUCUGGAUACUAUCCGGAAGUUCUAGUUAUGGAUCCGUUCAGCCUCGAAGUGCUUUUUACACUGAGUUCAAGAGUCAAUCCUGACUGGAUCAGCGCCCUUCACGUGCUACGGCCGGCCAAACGGAAAGGUCGGUUCUACGUGCACACAAACGACGUGGUGCUCGCCCUGACGACUACUGGUACCGUCAAAGUCUGGACACUCCUCGGUCACGAGAACAGGAACAGCGAACCACUGUAUGAACACGAGAGCAAGCAGAUACGAUGCCUCAAUGCCUUGGCCAUGACCUGCUGUCCUUAUAAUCAACGUACGGUGCUCAUAGUGUGCUCCAAGUAUUGGCAGAUAUUCGACGCUGGAGAUUUCUCAGUAUUAUGCUCUGUCACUGCGCCAUGUGGAGAACGCUGGAUGGCUGGAGACUUCCUGACGGCUGAUAGGGUUAUCGUCUGGAGCGACGAGGGACACGGUUACCUUUACAAAUUGCCAGCCAAGACUCUGGUACAUCUUGAAAGCAAGCUGAAGGGCAAGGCUCUCAGCAGUAGCGUAGCGGACAACAAAGAAUUUCACACAGCAGCAGCGGAUUCCGAUCAACCUUACCUGUACUGCACAUUGACACAACCGGGAGACAAGCCCCUUUCGUGUCCCCCGGCGAUGCGACUGGUGACCGUACAACGACAAGGUAAAACCUUAAAGUACUUGCUACGAGGUGACAGCGAAGGCGUCGUCCUCCUCUGGACAGUUCCUGAUGCCGGUAUUCAGCAGCCAUCCCAGACUAAUCAGAAUGACGGACCUGUUCGAUUGCCGCCUACGGUGAAGACUAGCUUGACGGAAGCCUGGGAAGCUAUGAAACCAUCACCAGUUGGCAUCCUGGACCAGUUGGAUACUGACGAGAGUCAUAGAAUUAAAUUGACUUCCAGUAUUUAUUUGCCACAACAGAGUAGACUCGUUGUUGGACGUGAGGAUGGCAGUAUUAUCAUAGUUCCAGCUACACAGACUGUUAUGCUUCAACUGCUUCAUGGAAAUCAUCAGCAGUAUGAUGAUUGGCCACCGCAUCAAGUUCUACUUGGGCAUUCAGGACGCGUUAAUUGUCUUCUGUAUCCUCAUGGUGCUGCACCUCGUUAUGAUAGGACUCACCUGGUUUCCGGUUCUGUAGACUUUGCAGUAUGCUUGUGGGAUUUGUAUGCUGGGACUUUGAUCCAUAGAUUUUGUGUUCACGCUGGCGAGAUCACGCAGCUUUUGGUGCCACCAGAUAACUGCAGUCCUAGGAUACAGAAGUGUGUCUGCAGUGUCGCGUCCGAUCACAGUGUCACUUUACUCUCUCUGGCUGAGAGAAAGUGCGUCGUUUUAGCUUCCAGACACUUGUUCCCAGUUGUGACGAUAAAGUGGAGACCACUUGAUGACUUCAUGAUAGUUGGUUGUUCAGAUGGAGCUGUUUACGUAUGGCAAAUGGAAACUGGUCACUUGGACAGAGUUCUUCACGGUAUAAUUGCUGAGGAAGUUUUGUACGCCUGUGACGAGAACACCAUAGCGACAGCUGGUGGUUCCGCAGCUGGUGGUGAACUAGGUUUGGCCAAUCCUGCUGUUCACUUCUUCAGAGGACUGAGGCACCGGAACCUGUCAGCAAUUCGUCACGCAACACAAAGAGGUUUACAUCAGCUUCAGCAACUACAUGGCGGUCACGGCAGCGAGCAUGGAAAUCAAAUAAAAGCAAAAGGAGCACCACUGAUGAUUCAAGGAUUUAGAAGCAACCCUAAGGAUCCAGAAAGUCACAUUCUGUUCUUCGACAUCGAGGCGCUUAUAGUACAAUUACUGAGUGACGAGUAUGGCUCGAUGUCGCCAAGCUCGCUGGAAGCGCAAGGCCUAAUUUCGGCCGCGGAGUAUCAAAAAGUUGCAGCACUUACACAAUCUGCCAGUCCGGAUGCUCAUAAGAAAAUUGCAGACUUUUUCGGUCGCGUCAAGGAUAAGGCAGGCGACGUUGAGAGAAUUCUGAAGGAGAAGGAUCGUCACGGUAUAUUGGCUAAGAUGAAGGAGAGUGCGGAAAAUGUGCAAACUAAGUUGCAGGCCAAGGCGGAAAGCGUUGGCCUCAAGCCGUCGACUCUUGACGGCAAAGGUGACGGCUGGAGUAAUAAUGACACACCCAGGAACAGCUUGAAGAGAAAUGGUGCCUUCAGUGAACCAAACGCCACGAUGGAAGUCGCUCAAUUGCUUUUGAGUCUUCUUCACGGCUGGGGAAUGGAUCCUGACCUGGACAGAGUCUGCGAGGGAAAGUUGGGUCUUCUGAGACCUAUGGUACCAGUUUCUUUUGGUGUACUAUCUAAAGGAGGAUAUAUGUCUCUGCUACUGCCCACAUGGCAAAUUCAACUUCAACCCGCUGGAGAACCUGCGACUCAACUUGAGCAACGACUUCCAGUUGAACUAGUCAGGCAAGAACGUCUGACGAGAGCCUUUACCGCUAGAGCACACUGGGAACUCUCUACAACUCUAACUAGCAAUCAUCUCCUCGCAGUGGUUGCACUAGCUAAUACAUUAAUGUCUAUGAACAAUGCUACCUUCGUUCCAGAGCAAGAGCGUAAUAGAAAGAUGCACAGGCCGGGAAAUAGAGCCGCGGUAAGCUGGAACAAAGCCGAAGAGGAGAACGAGGAAAUUUACACAGUACAGCAGGCACAGAUAAAGCAAGGCUGGUCUUUGUUGGCGACACUACACUGUGUCCUACUUCCAGAUAAAGUCGCCGCACAAGGAGGAUCCAAAACGUUUAAGCGUCCUCAAGUAGAAAUGAUGGCGCGAAGAUGGCAGCACCAGUGCCUCGAAGUUCGUGAAGCUGCUCAAGCUCUUCUUCUGGCAGAACUUGGCAGAAUGGGUCCCAAAGGUAGAAAAGCUUUGGUAGAUAGCUGGUCUCAAUAUUUACCUAUGUACAGUACCCUGGAGCCUAUAGCACCUCAACCACAGAAUCAAAGUCCACCACCUGGUAGUCCAGUACCACCUGGUGAAGCACAACCGGAAGAAGAAGAUGAGGAGGAAGAACUUGCUGAAGAUAUACCAACAGCCAGGAAACCGUCGAGCGUAGCAGAAUUGAAGCGGAAACAGACCACGGCGGUUGUCCUGCUGGGUGUCAUCGGUGCAGAAUUUGGUCAGGACGUCGCGACUGUCAAUCAGCGACGGGAAAAUGACCAGAGAAGGAAGAGCUCGGUAGUAGAAGGUUUUGGAAUUGGAAAUAAUAACCUGGCCAGACAUACUAGUAUGGCUCUGACUCAUCUACUGCAGGCACCUCACUGCACAAAAUUACCAAUGCAUUCAGCUCUGCGCAGAGCCGCCAUUGAUCUUAUUGGUCGAGGAUUCACCGUCUGGGAACCUUACCUCGAUGUUUCUAAAGUUCUACUUGGUCUCCUGGAAAUGUGUUGUGAUGCAGAUAAAUUAGUACCUAGUAUGACCUACGGUCUACCUUUGACGCCCCAAGCGGAUACAUGCAGAACAGCACGUCAUGCUUUAACCCUAAUCGCAACAGCUAGACCAGCAGCUUUUAUCACGACGAUGGCGCGCGAAGUCGCGAGAUUUAAUACGUUACAACAAAACGCACAGACCCUUAACGUCAAUCUAGGCGCUAGUGUAUUGGCCAGAGCCAAGCCCGAGAUACUUCGGAUCGUGGAGCAGUUGAUAGAUAAGAUGCAGAGCGAAAUGAGCGACUUAUUAGUAGAGGUAAUGGAUAUUAUUCUUCACUGUUUGGACCCCGGGCACCUGAAGACCAAACCCUUGAACGAAGUCUUCCCAGCAGUAUGCAGAUUUAAUCAGGUCAGUCAUUGCCCGGCCACACGUAGGAUAGCAGUGGGAGGUCGCGGAGGUCAAUUGGCACUCUAUGAAUUACGUGCCAAUGUCAAGUGUCAAACAGUGGCGGCUCAUCAAGCGCCAGUGACCGCACUAGCUUUUUCUCCGGAGGGCAAGUUCCUCGUCAGCUACUCCUGCUCCGAGAAUAAGCUAUGUUUCUGGCAGCAAACGAGUAGCGGAAUGUUUGGUCUUGGAAAUUCGCAAACGCGCUGCGUCAAGUCCUACAGCACUGCGCCGAUAAAUGACGUGACGCGUUUGAAUCCAAUGCGACUUGCUCGUCUCAUCUGGAUUAAUAAUCGCACCGUCACUUUAAUGUUGGCCGACGGCUCAGAGACGCGCUUCAAUGUUUGAACGUCAAAAGAAGUGCCUUCGAGCGUGAAUAACUCGAGGUCAACCGUAUCUCAAAUCGGGACGAAAUUUCAGCGCCAUGGACGCCGUACUGAACAACACGCUCAUACAAUAUUAUUCGAGCUAUUUAAAUCGUGGAUAUCGAUUCCUGUUCAUUCAUUUUCUUUCCUCUUAUUUAUUCUAAAAAUUCAUAGAACGAGUGAAAACUUCAUUCUAGAACUAGCUACCGUGGCGCUAGUUGUGAUCCCAAUUAUUGUACGUAAAUUGCAGGAUACAUGAAAACAGUUACCAAGUACAAAAAAAAGGAUAAGAUACAACGUCCCUCGAGAUAUUAGGCUCGCGCGAUUAUUAAUUUCUUCUUUUAGGCGUUUAUUUCUUUCUUUCGUAUCUAAUUGAACAGUGAUCAGCUUUGCCGGAUACGGUAUUCUCCUCCCCCAUUUUAACCAAAAUCUUUUUCGGCUGGCCGAUAUUACAAUUGAUUCGUAUUUAAGUUAGCGCGAGAAUGCAGAAUGUACUUUGAAAUUGUAUAUUCUUGAAUAUUAUUGUUCCGUAUUUUAAUGCGCCGUAUUGUUAGUAAAAUGAAUUUAUUAUUUAGAUAAUUUUAGACUGUCCAAUUUGCAAAUGGUCAUAUAGAGUCUCUUCGUGCAAACAGAUGUCUUGUAUUAAUUUCAAAUGAGAAUAUCAGGACAAUCUUAUGCUCCUCAAUGAACAGGGCCAUGAAUUGUAUAUUCGAAUUAAUGCGUAACACGCUUUUAUCGAUCUUUUCAUUAUAUUUAUAUGUCAUUAAAAGGCAUUGAAACGUCGAUAAAAAAAAUGUCGAUUUCAAUUAUACAAUUUUCUCGUUACGAGCAUCGACGAUGCUAUUUUUCAGUCAGCGAAACAUAAGAAAUUAUAUAGAAAAUUAAGAGACUUAAAGGUAAGCCCAGCAAAAGAAUAAAGGGCUCUAACGAUCAUGCAUAAUGAUAUUCACCCAAUGUCACCAGGCGAGUAUUGUAGAGCCUUAAGCCGAAAGUAUACCAAAAUCCAAUGUCCAAGGAUAUCUGUAUGUAUGUAUAAUAACAAUUAGUCAAAUUAGUUAUUAACUAUUAAUUUCUUCAAAUAGCUAAAGAGUCGCGGACGUUACGUAGAACUUACAUAGUUAAGUGCUAGACCAUGCUUUGUCGUUUGUAUUACUCCUUUUUUUGCAUUUCCCUCGUUUCCUGACGAAUCUACUUUUGUUACAGGAUUAUUUGGCAAAUUAGUAGUUAUGUUUAAUACAUAGAUUUUUCCCUUUGGGUCCUUGCUUUUUUUAAGUACUUUGAACGUUGUAGCAAUUUAUUGACUGUCGGAUUCGCGUAUCCAUUCGGCCCAGAAAUUGAUUUCGAGGGAAAUGGUACAAAGGCAAAAAAGAGAAUAACAGACGUUCAGAGAAAAUUUGAUGGAGGUUUUGGGUGUCGCGAAUUGCAUAACGAUGAUAACAGCAACGGCAAUUUUAAUAUAAUUGUUAAAAGUUAUAUAAGCUGCAAUAUAGAAACUUGUAAGUCCUCAUUUGUUCCGUCGAUGAGAAAAUUCUUUAACAAUUCCACGAGUAGUUGUACCUAAGAUUAUUUAUUUUAAUUAUUAAUUACUCUCUUGACGAGAUAAUUACACAUGCAUACCUACACACAGGUACACCAUUACACACACACAAACGCGAGCGCGUGCACACAGCGACAAUAAGCCAAUACUUGAUUUUAGAAAAAAAAAAAAAUGGUAAAACUAAAAAAAAUCGCUAACCGCCAUAUCAACGCAUACUGAACGAUAAUUCUGUUUGUACUGUAAUUAAUAUCAUGUCUGUUACUGAUCGUGGCGAUUAUUUUCCUGAAUAUAAAAAAAAAAUAGUAUUACGUCUACCUUAGUAUUAAGUCCGAUUGUUAUAAUUGUAUGUUAUUGUGUCGCAAGAAUUAUUGAAUUUAGCGUAUGACUAAUUUUGAAAAUAUUAUUUCUCACUUAGAGAAUAUAUAUAUAUAUAUAUAUAUAUAUAUAUAUAUACCGAGUCGAGAAUAUUAUUUUAUCCGUGUGUCCUAUUAUUGAUUAAGAGAAAUUAACGUUCACGUAUACGGCAUUGAUAUUUCCACGUCUAAAUUCAUUCACGCCAGUUUCAUCAUUUUAUCUUAUUUAAGCAAUUCUCGACUCGUCAUUGAUCCUGGAUCAUUCGUUCCACCGUAGAUCUAAGUUACGAUCUAUCGAUCGUGAACAAAGUCACGCCCAAUUGUAAUAUAAUACUUUGUUAUGUCGUACACGGUGUCCAGAUUCUGUCCCGCUUCGAGAGUACGUAAGCCGAGGAUCAAGAUGGAUCAUAGAUCAUAGUGGCACCAUUCUAGAUCCCUCGUCGCUCUCGGAAUGGCAGGUAAAUGAAUAUAUCAUCGAAUGAAUUGUUAUUAUUACAGAUAGGCUUAUGAACGUCCUGAUAACCAUGAGCGCGUCUGGUUACGUGUGGAUAAAAAAGAAAAAAAAGUCAUGUCCUAAUUACUGUUGAUAAUGAAAUAAUGUGUAAUAAUUCAAUGUAUAUCCAUUGCGUGUAUUAAUUAACGAAAAUUGUAUUAUCGAUGGAAUAUAUAAAGAAUAAUAUAUGCUUGUGGAAUUUUGAAA